AUGCGAACAUUAAAAAUUUUUGAUAAACCAAAACUCCCACAAAUUGAUAGCAAUGCAGUUCAACAGGCUCUCGACGCGUUCGACGGACGUUCUCUUCCAAUCACCAACGACGAAGCAACAGACAGUCUCGUUAAAAACUUUUUAACCGAACGCCAAGCUCUCAGAAAAUUAUUUAUCAAAAGUGUGACAAUUAGUAAACUUUCUGCUGAUUUGACAAAAAAAAUAGUACUUUAUAUUGAAACUUUUUCGUCCUCGGAAUUGGAAAAUGAAACUUUCUCGUCCUCAGAAUUGGAAAAUAAAAUGUAUGUUCUUAUGAAAUCAGCCAAUCGUAUUGCCGACGAUGCUAGAGAGCUUGCUGAAAAAUAUGCAAGUUUUUUACAAAGCUUAAUCGAUAUUUCGGAACAAAGCAGUAGACAAAAUAAUGAAAACCAAAAUGUAAUAUUACAAAGAAAUUCGAUUAUCGCCCUUGGAGUUCUAACGGUACUUUCUGUACCAUUAACAGCUGGCUUUAGUCUGAUUAUGACCCAGGUAGUAAGUUCCGGUUUGAUUGCGGCCGAGGUAGCAGGUGCUAGUUUUUUUGCAUUCUUGGGUGCAAAAGCUGAAAAGAAAAAAAAUAAACGUGAGGUACUUGAAUCUUUGAUUAAAAAAAUAGAUAUCUCUUAUGGAAAUGUAAAACAAUUCGAAAAUGUAUGGAGACAUUUAGCUGACGAAGCUAUACUUCAAAAGGAAAAUAUUAAAGAAGAAAUAGAUAGUAUAGAGGAAUCUGACACUGAUAAUUUUAUUAUCACUGAAAAGAAAGCAAACGACUUAAAAUUGAAAUGGGAAGAGAUGUAUGACAUAUUUAAAUCAUAUGCAACCAAUGUUCAAGAGCAAUUAGAUAGCACUGAUAUUUUUGUACAUUAA